UUCCUCUUUCCUUAACCAUCUUUGGCUACAACGACUAUUUGUUUUAUUGUUUUCCAAGUUUAACGUUAUUUCAUUAAAUUACGUCGUUACUGUAACGUCUGACACUGCACAAAGCUGUCCCUCAGAAUAUAACUACUACCCCGGUCUAAUGUAAGUGUAAAUAUGAAGCUAGUGACCUAAAUAUCAAUAUAAAAACGGAAAAAUACGGAUUUAGCGCUCGCUAGGCUAAUGUUAGCUUCUUGUUAGCUUGUUUUAGCUAACCGGUACUGCCAUACAAAGAGGAUGAGUGGAGGAGUCCAGCAGCAGCAGCAGCACUUGUAUUUCCUGGGCCUCCCAGACUUGAAGAAGCUGUGCUGUGUGACUCUGGCCCUGCCGGAGGACCAGGAGCUCAGGAGCACACAGAUCAAGACCUGCAGAGAGCUGAUUUUGCUGUACUCUGAUAUUCUGGCCUCUCCAGGUCUGGACUCCUUGAGUGAAAUCACAGUGGUCAUGGCUAUCUCGUUUUUCCAGAAAGGCAUCGUUCAGAUGUUUGCCCAGAGACGCAGUCUGCAGCUGAGCUCCUCUCAGUGUGUGUUUCCAGGUGUCCUCCAGUAUUGUGUGUCCUUCUCUCUGAUCACCAGACUGGCUCCCGGCUGGAACAAAGCAGGACUCUACCUCAUUGCUGGAAAAGACUUCCUGACGGAGAGUGGGACCCUCAACGCUGUCAGCAUGGAGCUGAGCACCAGCGAGGGCCAACUUUGCAUCAGUAUUGUAGCCAACACAGUCAGACUGCCACCAACCAAACUGGAGGACUUUGACCUCCCUCCGUUAGUUUUGAGGCGGUUCUGCAGCGAUCCUCGCUGCGCUCUUGACCCCUCCUCUACUGGAUCAGCCAUCUGGUGUCACGUCCUGCCCAGCAUGAAGAAAGGUCAGAUUAUCUCCAUCACCCGUCAGCUGCCCAGAGACGGACCUUUCAGGACCUACAGAGACCUGCAGAACCACUGGAACCGCCUGUAUGGUUACAGACUCCCUGAGCUUGCAGAAGAACAGGCGGUGUACUGCAGCGUCUACUUCAAACUGGUGGGAGAGAGACUCUUCACAUACCCUUUGAGCUGUGUGCGCCUGCAGCCCGUGCAGCGCUGCCCGCGGGUGGACCUGCAGGGCGCGCUGGGCCCCUUCCUGUCCCACGUCAGGGACCGGCUGCAGAGCGUCUGUGGCUUUCCUGCACGUCUGACCGGCAAACCCCGUUACCCCACGGCCAGCCUGAGCACGGCUGCAACGGUGCAGUUGUUCAAGGUGAACUCUGGGACUUUGGUGAGAAGAAGAGAAGUUCACGUCAGCGCCAAACACAGGAAGGAGGCGUGGAUGCUGAAGGCGGCGAGCGGGGACCAGAUCAACUUGAGCGCCUCGUCGUCUGUGCGGCCGGUCCUCACCACGCUGCCUCCGACUGCCCGACCGGUGAAGCCCUACUCCGGGUCGCAGCCUCCGGCCCAGACCCCUCUCUCCCGGCGGGACGGGGCCCAGGGCAUUCUGGGUAACGGGGGUGGACUUUGGGGACGACUGACGCAAAGUCAAAGCUGCGGAGGCAACGGAGAGCUGCCUUCGUUAUUCUCCUCCUCUUCCUCCGCACGCGUUUCUUUUCCCCUUUCUGAUUCUUUGGGUUACCAAACGGCUUCAUCCCUCUCUUCUUCCUCUUCUCUCUUCCAGCCAGCUACAUCCUCCUCUUCCUCUUCUCUCUUCCAGCCACCUUAUUCCCUCUCCUCUUCGUAUACUCUCUUCCAGCCAGCUACAUCCCUCUCUUCCUCUUCUCUCUUCCAGCCGGCUACCUCCCUCUCCUCCUCUUCCUCUUCUCUCUUCCAGCCAGCUUCUUCCCUCUCCUCUUCCUCUUCUCUCUUCCAGCCAGUUUCUUCCCCCCUCUCCUCUUCCUCUUCCCUCUUCCCACCAGCUUCACCCCUCUCCUCUUCCCUCUUCCCACCAGCUUCACCCCUCUCCUCUUCUUUCUUCCAGCCGGCUACAUCCCUCUCUUCUUCCUCUGUCCUCCGCCCUCUUCCUCCCCCCUCUCAAACCCCGGUGGUCCCGGCUCUCAAACUGGUUCCCAUCUUCAGGAACAAGUGUCCGUCUCGCCACAUCAACAUCGCUCAGCUGCGCGCCCAGAAGCAGAGGGAACAGCUGAGCGAAAGAGGGCAGGAAAGGGGGAGGAUGACAUUACCUGCCUUCAUGAUGAAGACCACCACCACCACCACUGCUUCCCCUUUUUCGUCUUCCGGUUCUGUUUUGUCGGCUGCGUCUCUAACCGUUCCCCGAUUCAAGCGUCGGCCCAAACCUCCGGCAUCGGCUGAUCCCAAAAUCAACCGCGUAUCCAGCCUCAGCCCCGCGCCCAACUCAAAACCCCGCGUCAUCUUCACUCCCGAGCCAGCGAUCAAGAUCGAGCAGACACCCGAGCCCAUCGCCGCCCAAACCAGCGCGAAGCUCAUCGCUGCUGCUGCUGCUGCUAACUCCGGCGAAGUUCAACCCUCAGCUGCACCACGGGAUCCUCCCACACCGCUGAAAUCUCCUCAAAUCUCCAACAAGGACAAAGACUCCUCCAAAAGCAGCAGCAAAAAGGGGGUUGUGUUUGAGUCAAAGCCGAAGAAAUCCGAAUCUGCGGUACGAGACGUGGACGUGGAGCAAAUGGCCAGAAGCAACCAGUUGCCCAAGGUGAACUCGGGGACUCUGUUGGCCUGGUUGAGAAUAAGAGGAGUUCACGUCAGCGCCAAACACAGGAAGGAGGAGCUGAUGCUGAAGGUUAUGGCCUGUCUGGCCGAGGCCUGAAACACACACACACACACAGGGGAGACACACACACACACACACAGGCACACAUACACACACACACACACACACACACUUACUCUGGAGCAUUAACGCUGUGCUCAGCUCCUGGUUUAAGGGCUGGAUGUUAAGUCCGGCCGUGUUAUCGUCGUGUCUCAUCCUCGCUAAUUGAGAUGCUGAAGAUUUGCCAAAAUUAAAUUCUCGAGUCAGUUAAAAGUCUAACAGGAAGUACAAAGUUAAAUUGGGACAGUUUUUUGUGUGUUUUUUACAAAUUAUUUUCUGUGUUUUUUACAAAUUAUUUUGUGUGUUUU